AUGGCAGACACGCCAGACCGAGCGAUGCUGUCCCCGGAUAUCGAUAUGGACGGCCUGGCGUCCCAUCCCAUACCAGAGGACGGCGUUGUCCUGACGCCUGACAUCACACCCGUGCCCACUGCCAACGGGCCGAUGGUUGGUGGCAGAGUAUCGUAUUCACAGUACCGUUCGCCGGACCCCGCAGCUGCUCUGCGCUCAAAGACGCCACCACUUGCCCAUCCCUAUCAUCCCCAACACCGGAGGUCACUGUCCAACACACCAACUGGAGCAUGGCCGCACAGAUCUGCAAGGUCGAUCGCUCGACCGCACAGCGCUGCCAGCAAUGCAUCCUCAGACACACGAACAAGCAAGAGCUCCAUCGAUCUCCCUCUUCCAGACGAUCCUGAGCUGCUGCAAAUGCGAGUACGCGAGCAGCGGACGAGCAUAGAUCAUCUGAAGAGUGAACUGAGCACCAAGAAGGAUGAGAUAGCUUCCAUGCGCACAAAGAUCAUGCAGUACUCCCAGGAACUGAAUUCUGUAAAGAUGUCCAAGGGUGUUUUAAACGAGGCUUGUGUCUCUGGUAUGAUGGACAUGUGGCAGCUGCAGCAGAGUAUCGCAGCUCUCACGGCUGACAAGGACCACCUGGAGAGGACCAAUGAUGCGCUGCGCCGUGAGUCAGUUGAUCACGAUCACGAGAGAAGGGGCCUCCUUAACCUGAUCGACGACAGCAAACUGCAGGUGGCCAAUUUGGAGGCACUCUAUUCAGAGGAAGUGAAGCGUCGAAAGGAUGUGGAGACCAACAGAGCAGCCGUGAUGGAGCGAUUGGGUCUGGAGCUCAAAUGGGUUCGAAAGGAACUGCAUGACAAGACAUCACGUCUCAAGAAACUUGCACGUACAAAUGCCCGGCUUGCAUGCAAGCUGUUGGCAGUGGAGGCAGACAAUUCCGAAUCCACGAACAUCGCCAAAAUGCUUCAGAAGCAGAACCAAGAGCUGGACAAGGACAACCUUGAGCUGGCAGGGUGCCUGAUGCAGCUGGAAGAUCAGAUCGAGCAGCUCGCCAAAGAAAAGGACGAGGCGGAUGAUACGAUCAAGGGCAUUCGAGACGAGCAUGCAGGGCGCAUGGAACAAGAGCGCAGGAGCCUCGUGUCCAAAAUCACAGGCCUACAGCAGCAGCUGGACGCUCUCACUGAGCAGCAUGAGGAAGGCGUGGGCAUGUCUGCAGAGCGUGAGCAGCAGAUAGUGAAGCUCGAAGACGAAAAGGCCAAGCUGGAGGCCCGGGUUGGCGUGCUGUCAAGGGGCAUGGCAGACCUGGAGGAGGAGCAGCAUGUUGCAGAGCAGGCAGUAGCUACGAUGAAGAGGGAGUAUGUGGCGAAACUUGAGCAGGACACCGAGGUGCUGCGCCGCAGAAUCAUGGAGCAUGAGCGCGUGGCAGACGAGUUCCGCGAAAAGGAGGCGAAUCGCGAAGCAGAGUUGACACUCACCCAGGAUGAGAUUCGCAGGGUAGGGAGUGAGAAAGAGGCCCUGAAGGGACGUGUGACUGUGCUCGAACGCAUGCUGCACGAUGUGACAGCAGAAAAGGACACAGAGACGGAGAGCAUUCGCAAGCAGAAGGAGAGGGAUGUGUCCCUGAUUCAGAGGGAGAAGGACGACCUGUCACUGCAAGUGCAGACGUUGGAGAAGCAGCUCCGUGAGCUGGAGCUUGAGAAUCGUGCUGCGAAUGAAAGCAUCCGAAAGAUGAACGGGGAGAUCCGAGAGAAUGAGCGCCACAAGGAGACGCUCAGCCACCAGGUUCGCGUGAUGGAGUGGCACAUGGAGGGCCUGUUCAGUGAGAAGCAACAGGCAGUGCGCAGCCUGGAAGACAAGAACCUUGAAUUCAUCAGGUUGCAGCAGGAUCUGGCAGACAGGAGCGAGGACCUGGAGCGAACCAGGAAAGAGGUGACGAAAAGGGAGCACGUGACGGAAACCAAGAUUCGAGAACUGGAGAUAUCGAAGGUGGACAUGACCGAGGCCCACGGCGAUGCAGAGCAUCGGACUGCACAACUUGAGCGCCAGCUGGAAGAGAUCAAAAGGGAGAAGGCGGACAUGACAGAGAAGCUCAGGAAGGUCCGAAAGCGCAGACCGUGGCUCAAUCUGCAGUUCAAGAUCCACUGCUGA